UGACAAAACAGUCUUGUCCUACGCCCAAAAGCAGCGGCAACUCCAGAGGCUUUGGGAAAUUAAACAAGAAACAAGAAAAUAAAUACUCAGGAACUACAACAAAAGUACUGCAGGGGGGCACUUCAGCUCCAAACACGCCAAAAACAAGAGAGUACGGGAGAUUAUAUUAAGCCUAUCUGAGGAAGUGGGACCUACGGAGUUCAGAUAAAAUGUCCCGCACCUCCACUGCAUUACCAUGUCUGCUCCUGAUAAUGGUCCUGUUCUUCUCAGGCUUGAACUCAUUCAAAAUAUGCUCCUACAACGUCCCACGGUUCAAUAAAAGCAAAACUGCAAACUAUAGGAUCGUCCACAACCUGGCACGGAUCGUUGGUCGUUGUGACAUCUCUCUGUUGUUGCACGUUCAGGAUCUCACUGCAGUACAGACGCUCCUGACGACCCUCAACAGUGGAGAUGACAGAUGUGGUGAUUUAAGCCUUGUGAGACUGUUUUUUAAAUCUUGUUUUCUAGGCAUGCAGAAUCCAUUUGUAUAUGCGCAAGUGUCCAGUAGACCUUUGGGAAAAGACAAAAAUGACAUGCAGUACUACACCUUCCUCUACAGAACACAGACUGUUUCUGUCACUGGACAGCACCAACACGAGAGCACCGACUUUGUCCGACCACCGUUCGCUGUGCUCUUUAACAGCAGCAAGACAUUGGAGCCAGUGGAGUUUGUCCUGAUUCCUCUCCACUCAGAACCCACCAAAGCUGUUCAGGAAAUAGACAAACUCUAUGAUGUGUUUCUGGAGGUGGUUAAAAAGUGGCAAAACACGAAUGUGAUGUUCCUGGGAGACUUCCACGCUGGGUGUGGCUACAUGACUCGCGCCCACAAAAAGGACAUUCGACUCUUCUCCAACACCAGCUUCUCCUGGCUCAUAUCAGAUCGAACAGACACCACAGUGACUGAUCAGACCAGCUGCCCCUAUGACAGAAUUGUCGUUUAUGGAUCGUCCUUCCUGAAGCAUGUCAAGCCUUUCUCAGCCAAAGUGUUCAACCCCAUGAAGAGGUUUAAAAUCCAUUCGAGAAGGUUGGUGGAGGUGAGUGACCACUUCCCAAUCGAAGUGGACUUGAAGAGUUCGGUGACAUCUCUGCUACAGACUCAGUCCCUCUACUUCCUGUUGCUGAGCCUGCACCUCUUGUUAAACCUGUGACUCCCCCUCGCCUAAUAUUAUGAGAGUUUCAUAAAUUAUCAAAGCAACACACACAUUCAAAAAGAGUGUGUUACAACAACCAAACAAAGUAAAACUAAAAGUAUUUGUGAUUUCCUGAGUUACUGACUCAAUGGAUACAAUUCAAAGACUGUAUAGCACUGUUUUUGAAAAAGAUUAAGUACUUGACACAUGAUUCACAUCCAUUACUUUUAUAUUACAGCUUUUUUUUACUUGUAGCUUUCUUUUAGCACAAUAUUUUCACUUCCAGAUACAAUUCAGAAAUAUUUUUGCCAUUGUUGCAUUAUUUUAUUUUUGCUAAAUAUUCUCAGGAUCAGAGCAAACAUGUUUGUUUGUUUUUAGACUGUACAUAUGUAUUUGAACAACUUUUAAUGAAUUUCAUUUAAAUAAAAUAUUCUUUAUCUGAG